UUGGAAAAUUGGCGGCCCAUGCCGACCGGACGUCGGAUCUGGUUUCUCAGUGCUGGAGGAGCAGCUUCAGUCUUCAUUACACAUUAAAAUAUAUUUUGUUUAUUUAAAUCUUUCUGUUUUGCAGAAUCAGCAUGUUUCGUAGGAAACUGACCGCUUUAGAUUAUCACAACCCCGCGGGCUUUGACUGCAAAGAUGAAACCGAGUUCAGAAAUUUCAUCGUUUGGCUCGAGGAUCAAAAAAUCAGACAUUACAAAAUCGAGGAUCGUGGAAACCUGAGGAACAUCCCAAGCUCUGAGUGGCCAAAGUACUUUGAAAAGUAUCUACAAGAUGUGAACUGCCCGUUCAGUGCCCAGGAGAGAGAAGAGUCUGUGGACUGGCUGCUGGGCCUUGCAGUUCGUUUUGAAUACGGUGAUAACGUGGAGAAAUACAGGAACUGCACACCUGCAGCCGAGGCCGGUAAUGCCCAGAAGCCAGCUGACCCCCUCAUUAACCUGGAUAGCAAUAAUCCUGAUUUCAAGGCUGGUGUCACGGCCCUCGCAAACCUGCUCAAAAUUCAGAGACAUGAUGACUAUCUGGUGAUGCUCAAGGCCAUUAGGAUCCUCAUCCAAGAACGGCUGACGCCUGAGGCUAUCUCAAAAGCUAGCAAGGCUAAGGAGGGUUUACCGGUAGCUUUAGACAAGCACAUUCUUGGCUUUGACACAGGAGAUGCCACUCUUAACGAAGCAGCUCAGAUCCUUCGGCUCCUGCACAUCGAGGAGCUGCGAGAGCUGCAGACGCGGAUUAACGAAGCGAUCGUGGCCGUCCAGGCCAUCAUCGCUGACCCCAAGACAGACCACCGCCUGGGAAAGGUGGGCAGAUGAUCAGCCUCCUGGACCUCUGGCCAGCCUGCAGUGUUUGUGUGUGGGCCGCACCGAAACAUCUGGCUGGAAUCUUCAAUGCUGAUUGGAUUUUUGUGUUUGGACAAACGUUUAAUCACUUGCUGACAUGACAGAAUGGAUACAUGAAAUUGAACCAGUUUUUUUGUUGCUUAAAAAAAAGACUUUAAAAAAAUGUGCAUUGGAUAAAUUGGGGUCACAUUUGAGUUUCUUAUCGCAAACUUACACUACAAUAACAGUCAGUUUGUGAACGAUCCUAAUGAAAGAAAAGCACUCGAUGUUUUCUGUAACUACAACAGAACCGUUCCUUGGAAUUGGAGAAAUGUCUUUUUGGUCAAAAAAGUACUUUUCGGUUUCAGUCUUGCUUUGUUUUGAUCAAAAAAGGAGGGAAAAGAUUGCGGUGGUAUGUGUGCAUGUAUGUAAAUGAGAAUAAAUGCAGUGAACAGUUG